ACAGGUUAGACUGACUUGGACGCUCAUACACUGGGACUCGGGGUCUUUCCCUGGAUUAAUUCCCUCCUCCCCUCUCAUCUAGCACCACCUGCCCCAUUUCUCCCAGCUUUAACCCCUUUUUCUCCCUGGGUUUGGAUUGCCUUUGGAAACCAGAGUCAGCUCUUCAUACCUUUAACAGUCCCUCCACAGAAUUUUGUGUCUCAGCACAAACCCCAGACCCAGCCCUAAGAGAAACCUCAACUCAGUCCCAGUUCCAGCUCCAGCCCUGGGAACUUAUCAUGGAGAAGGACUUUCAAGACAUCCAGCAGCUGGACUCUGAGGAAAAUGUCCGUCAAGUCACUGGCGAUGAAGAGCAAGGGCCUCACAGGCAGAAUCUUAGGACAGAAAAUCCAUUUUGGGAAGGGCAGCCUCCUUCCCAGCCCUUUCCACAUCGCCUCUGUUCCAGGUUCCAUCUGAGUCUGCUUGCCUUGGGCUUCAAUGUCCUGCUACUGGUGGCCAUCUGUGUGACUUCAUCCCAAAGCAUACAGCUGCAAGCAGAGCUGCAGACCCUGAAAGAAGCUUUCAGCAACUUAUCCUCCAGUACUCUGAUGGAGAUCCAGGCUCUGGGCUUCCAUGGGGGCGGCACAGAUGACAAGUUGACAUCCCUCAGAGCCAAUUUAGAGAAACAGCAGCAGGACUUAAAAGCAGAUCAUUCUACCUUGCUUCUUCACCUGAAGCAUUUCCCAUUGGAUCUGCGCUCCCUGACUUGUCAGCUGGCAUUUCUCCAGAGCAAUGGCACAGAAUGUUGCCCUGUUAACUGGGUACAGCAUGGGGGCAGUUGCUACUGGUUUUCUCGGACUGGUAUGACCUGGGCUGAGGCUGACAAGUACUGCCAGCUGGAGAACGCCCACCUGUUGGUCAUCAACUCCUGGGAGGAGCAGGUGAGGAAAUUGCUGGUACAGCAUACAGGCUCAUUUAGUACCUGGAUAGGUCUAACUGACAGGGAUGGCUCCUGGAAAUGGGUGGAUGGAACUGAGUACAGGAACAACUACCAGAACUGGGCUAUCACUCAACCAGAUAACUGGCAGGGUCAUGAGCUGGGAGGAGGUGAAGACUGCGCUGAAAUCUUGUCAGAUGGCCGCUGGAAUGACAACUUCUGCCUGCAGGUGAACCGCUGGGCUUGUGAGAAGAGUCGGAAUAUCACCCACUAGCCGCUCCGCUGUGCGUCCACCUAACAUUUCAUUCACCAUGCUCCCCUGCCACCUCAGCUUCUUCUUCACUGGGGAUUGUGAAGUGAGGAAGAGAAAGCCCUGAGUGAGGAGGGCCUAUGGGAAAACACAGAAGGUGGUGUUAUUGUCUCAGGCUUUGGGAAGCCUCUUCCCACAAUUCAUUGCAACUGUUAUAAAUUUCAGCCUUCUGAACAGAGUAGGAAAAAGAAAAAUACUUGAAACUCA